CAAGAGCACAAUGUUGAAGGCGGGCCAACAUCGUAUCGGAGCUUCGCCGUGUUCCGAUAUGAUGCACAGUAUCCUGAUUCCUCUAAAACAUAUAUAGAUGCGGCUUUUGAACGACAGAAAGUCACAAGCAGCGAUAAGAAGCCAACGUUUGAGCCAUAUUCCAACACUCGCGACGAAUGGCGACCAAAAUAUCUCGUGACGAGACUUCUCCGUAUUCAAUUCGCAUCGAAACAAUUUUUCGCUGACUGGAAAGUCGCAGAAUCGGAUGAUUCCAAAUGA